AUGUCUUUCGGACUAGUAUCCCUGUGUAUUCUUGUGCUGAGCUUGAGUUACUCAAAAGUUACACCAGCCAACGGCAGUGGAUACCAGCUAGAAAUCAAUAAUCCAGAUGGAUCAGCGCUUAGCCAGGAAUGAUUGUAGAUACUGAGGGAAGAUACAGAGCUCGAUGGAUAGGUUCGAUAGGUUCAUCCUCCGCUUGGAGGAUGAUUAGUGCUCUCCCACAAAAUCGGACCCAAAGAAUACAACAUACUCCUCCUACAAGGCAGAAGUAACAUUUCCGUAGUGCCGAUGGUUGCUUAAAACAAGACAUUCUCAAUAAAACGAAUUGGAGUAAGCGCUCUGAAGUCGACAGCAGGUUGA